CACAGAGUCUAAUCCAAUCCUGAAAAGUGUACCUGAGGAAGGAACCUGAGGAGUGUAGGCCCUACCUGAGGAGCGGCGUUGCUGAGACUCCGUUGUGAAGAGAUGGAUGCAGCUAUGAAGAAGUCUCUGGCAGCCCCCAUCAAGCAGCUGACCAACUACGUGUACGGGACGAAGAACGGCAGGCGUGGUAGCGUCAAGAACACCCCAGCUGUCCGCAGGAAGAGCAUCGCCCGCAGAAAGAGCAUCGUUCGUAGGAAGAGCGCCCCGUGCACCAGCCAGAAAGUUCCGGACUCCUGGCUCCGGGUCUACCAAGCGGACCUUCAGAGAGAACGGAAACUGAGAGAGGCCAAGUUUGCCAAGAAGAAUGCUGAGAGAACUGUGAGGGCACACUUCAGGAGCCAGCACUGUCUUCGUAGGAGUUCUAACACCAGGAAGCCACCCAAGAAGAACACAAACAGUUUAUUCGGAGCGUUCCAGGGCCUCAGUCUAGAUGGGCUGACGGGCAACACCAACACGACUCCAACCGCAGAACAGUGCAAGGUCAUGUGAGGAGGAACGCGUCUAAAGCCUCUGCCACAGUGGCUACCGGGAGGUCACAAAGCAACAUAGCAUGCAGGACAUUGAGCAUCCCCUCUGAUGGUGUGGGAGCUGGGGGCACCUGGACAGAUUGAGAGCAAUAGUUUGAUUGCAGAAGUGUACUUGCAUUUACGUUGCUAGAUCCUGUGUCUCUUGUUUCCUUGUUGAUGUUUCUUAACAUAUUUAAACAUUUUGAGGUUCAUAUAAUAUAUAUUAAUAGUAUAGUUAUAACUAUUCCUUUGUACUGUGAAUUUCUAACUUUGUUACAUUGUAUUAUUUGCACAAUUUGCCUCUGCCUAAAGAAUGAUUAAAUUAUUGUUAAAAUUG